AUGGAGCAACUGGGCCACGAUCCUCCCACAUCUGAUGUACAAUCCAAUACGUUCAGCACGGCAUUUACUCGUGGCUCUGCAGCGGGCGUCCUGGCGAACAAUUUACAUGAUAAUCAGGGGCCCCGCUUCAUGAUUGAGCCCAACCAUCGACUGGAGUUCAUGAAUCGCGCUGGAAGUCGCCUCGAUUGCACGGCCAGCGGAAAUCCAUCGCCGAACGUGGAGUGGCUGGACCAGGACGGCAACCUAGUCACAACGAUACCAAAGGUCAGGCACAUUCUGGCCAACGGAUCGCUCUACUUCCCACCCUUCGAGGCCGAGGCAUUUCGACAGGAUGUCCACUGGACCAACUACAAAUGCAUCGCUUCCAAUGCCGUCGGCUCAAUAGUCUCCGCUGACGUCAAUGUUAAAGCUGUGGUUAAUCAGCGAUACGAGCCCGAGGUGCAAAAUCCGGGCGGAUUCAUUGGUGGGAAUGUGCUCAUACGUUGCAACAUACCGCCUUUUGUGAAGGAGCACGUGACAGUGACAUCGUGGUUGCAGGAGCCCUCAUUCAACAUUUAUCCAUCUCUCGAGGGUGAUGGAAAAUACCACAUGUUGCCAUCGGGCGAGUUGUUGGUCAUCAAUGUCACACGCAAUGAUGCAACUAAGAAAACAUUCAGAUGUCGGACGCAUCACAAGCUCACACAGGAAGCCGUUGUCAGCACCAAUGCUGGCAGGAUUCAAUUGUCAGAAAUUCGCGAAUCUGUGCCGCCAAUAAUGAAUGAAAAACUUGUGAAACUUGUGGCAAAUUACGAUUAUAUUGUGGUACCAUGUGUGGCAUAUGCAAAUCCCAAACCCAUUUACAGAUGGCACAUGAAGAAGAAUGGCCGGGACGAGGCGCUGGAUGAACUCCUGAACACGGGUCGUGCCACUAUUCGCGAUGGCACCUUAACAAUCAUGUCUCUGAAGGAAACCGACAAUGGAUCGUACUUCUGCACAGCCACUAAUUCCGAGGGAAGCGAGACAAUGGAAGUUCAGCUGGUCAUUAACACGGCCCUGAGCGUACACAUUACACCACCCAGUCAGACAAUAGACCUCGGCAAGGCGGCCUUCUUCAGCUGCAGCGUCACAGGAACACCCCAGAGCACCGUCACUUGGCUCAAAGACGGCCAACCUCUGCGCACUGGCGCCAGAGUGCGGCUCCUGGCCGCCGAUCACGUCAAGAUCACCUCCACCAACAAGGAGGAUCGCGGCAUGUAUCAAUGCUUCGCCAACAACGAUUUCCAGUCGGCACAAGCCACUGCGGAGUUAAGACUGGGCGAGGUGGCACCACAUCUUACUUACAAAUUUAUAGAACAAACAAUGCAGCCGGGACCAUCUGUUUCACUCAAGUGCAGCGCCACUGGCAACCCAACGCCACAGAUUUCGUGGUCUCUGGACGGCUUCCCACUGCCAAGUAACGACCGAUUGAUGAUUGGCCAGUAUGUAACAAUAUUCGGUGACGUCAUAAGUCACGUCAACAUAUCGGCAGUCAAAUCGGAGGACGGGGGCGAAUAUGAGUGCACGGCCAAAUCGACCAGUGGCAGCGCCACCCACUCGGCCCGCCUCAAUGUUUACGGAAUGCCGUACAUUCGCCCAAUGCCGCCGAUAUCGGCAGUGGCUGGAAAAACUAUGACGAUCAAGUGUCCGGUGGCCGGAUAUCCUAUUGAGUCGAUUGUAUGGGAAAAGGACAAUACACGAUUGCCAACAAACAUGUGACAGCGCGUCACAAAUGGCGUUCUGUCCGUAGAAAAUGUCCAGAGGACCACAGAUCAGGGAACAUAUUCCUGCGUGGCAAGGAACAAGCACAAUUACACAUCACAGCGAACAGUCAGCAUCGCCGUUCUGGUACCGCCGCGCAUCUCUCCGUUUAGCUUUGAGAAUGACAUUAUGGAAGGCAUGAGGACACAGUUGAUGUGCUCGAGUAGCCAAGGCGAUCAACCGUUCAACAUAACGUGGUCCAAGGAUGGCCGUCACAUCGACAGAGGCACAGAUGAAAAAUCAAUCGAUAUUAAUGAGUAUUCUCCCUUUUCGAGCAUCCUGACCAUGCACAAUGUGACAUCGAGUCACAAUGGGAACUACACGUGCGAUAUAACUAACCGAGCGGCCACAGUGUCCUACACAGCAAUGCUAUCAGUUUCGGUGCCACCACGAUGGAUUGUCGAGCCACAGGAUCAGAGCGUCAUUCUGGGCAAUUUGGUCAUGAUCGAUUGCAAGGCUGACGGCUUUCCCAAGCCCACAGUCAACUGGAAGCAGGCGAUGGGCGACCAGACAGGAGAAUACAGGGAACUCGCCUUUGCCACAUCAUUCGGCAUUGAGAGUCACUCCAAUGGCUCCCUGAUCAUACCCAAGGUGUCCAAAGAGCACGAGGGAAACUUCCUUUGCCAGGCCACUAAUGGGAUAGGCGCAGGACUCAGCAAACUCAUUCGCCUGGACGUUCAUGUUGGACCCCAAGUCACUGUUCGCAAUAAGCAAGUGUCCGUGCGCAGGGGCGAAAAGGUCACGCUCUUCUGCGAAGCGGACGGAGAUCAGCCUCUUGACAUCUCCUGGCGCUCCAAAGGACACCGCAUCGAUCCUAGCUACGAUGUCCGGUAUCACAUCAAGAGCACACCCACAGACAGAGGCGUGACGUCUGAACUGACCAUCGUACAGACCACGCUUUCCGAUCGCGGGCAGUAUUCGUGCUUCGCGAGCAAUGCUUAUGGACAACAUCACUCGAUCAUCCAACUUCAGGUACAAGAGCCACCCAACUUCCCGCGCAAUCUGCAAAUCAACGAACUCGCCAGUCGCACGCUGAUCCUGGCCUGGACACCCGGCGACCAGGACUCCCUCGAGUCGCAGCCCGUGUCAAACUUUGUCGUGCAGUACAAGGAGGCCCAGGAUGUCUGGCACAGCGGCAAUCCGCAGAAAGUUAUACCAGGUGAUAAAACCGUGGCGCUCAUUAGGUCCCUGAAGCCGGCAACAAAUUACCACUUUCGUGUUUAUGCUGAGAAUCACCUCGGGACAAGUGCAGCUAGUGACAUAUUGACUGUUCAGACGGACGGCGAGGCGCCAGACGGUCCCCCUUUGCAAGUGACCGUUGAACCUCUGGGGCGGCAGCAACUAAUAGUCACCUGGCGACCUCCUGAACACGACGCUUGGAAUGGCGAGUUACUGGGCUACACAAUUGGCUACCGGCGCAGUGACGGCCCGGACAAGACGUUCAACUACACGAAAGUUGGCAUUCCCGGCGGCGAGAUGAUUAACGACUUUCGAUUGACUGGCCUGGAGAAGUACACACAGUACAGCAUCACAGUUCAGGCGUUCAACUCCAAGGGCGACGGACCAGCGAGCGAGCCAAUUGUUGCCCGGACAAUUGAAGACGUUCCCAGUGCACCACCUCAAGCUGUUCAGUGUGUCGCAUUAACCGCCCAGAGUUUGCAAGUUUCGUGGCAACCACCCCCAAAAGACCGAAUGCAUGGCAUUAUUCGUGGAUACAAAGUUUUCUAUGAGAACGAUAACGCCAGGGAGACAAAAAUCACAUCAGCUCUCAACACAGUGCUGCACGGUCUCCUGCCCUUCACCAACUACAGCGUCCAAGUGCUGGCGUUCACGCGCACCGGCGAAGGAGUGGUGUCGACGAUGGCAACGUGCACCACCCACCAGGGUUCACCGGAUGCGCCUGAAUUAAUAAAAGCGGUGGUGAAGAGUGAAAGCUCAGUGAUUAUCAGUUGGCUGCCGCCACGGCGCUCCAACGGCGUCAUCACCAAGUACACCAUCUACAUCAGGAUCCUGGACAAGGGCCAGGAGGUGCGCAUCAUAAAGGACACCCUCGCAUCGCAGUACCACUACUACGAGGCGAAGAACCUCAACAAUCGCGAGACCUACGAAGCCUGGGUCACAGCCAGCACGCCCAUUGGCGAGGGUCCCAGCACUUCCGUGGUCAAGCUCACGCCUAGCUCCGCCGCUCCGGCUGCCAUCAUCUCCUUCGGCCAGACGCUGAGCGUAGCGUGGAAGGUGGACGUGAGGCUGGCAUGUCUCUAUGUGGGAAAUCCCAUUCCCGCAGCUGAGUGGCGCGCCGGCGGCCAGAGAUUGCAGAAGGGCCAGCGCCUGGAAGUCACCAGUGACAAUUCCCUCACGCUCCGCAGCGUCCAGCGCGUACACGAGGGAAAUUACACUUGUCACGUGCGCAACAAUCUCGGCUCAGAUCACAUUGUCUUCCAGCUGCUGGUCCUCGUGCCACCGGCAGCGCCCCAGCUCUCCGCCACGGCCAGCACCACCACCUCCGUCUCCCUGCAGUGGCACAUGGGCGACAAUGGCGGGGCGCCCAUCAGAGGCUUCCUGCUCAGCUUUCGUCAAGAGUUCGGCGAUUGGGAGGAAAUCCCCCUCGACCGUCGCUCGGACUCAUUCAUGGUGGAGAACCUGCGCUGCGGCACAGGCUAUCAAUUCACUCUGGUGGCAUUCAACAAGAUCGGAAGUGGCAAUCCCAGUGACAUCGGCUCGACGCGCACCAAAGGAAAUAGACCCAUCGCACCGCGGAAGCAACAUCUCAUCCGCGCCAACGCCACGUCCAUCGUCCUAGAGCUGAGCUCCUGGCAGGACGGCGGCUGUGCCAUCAGCCACUUCGCCGUCGAGUACCGGCGGCGCGUGCAUCAUCAGUCACGCGAGUGGAUUCUCGCCUCCAACAAUGUCCCGCCGCAGGUACGCUACACCAUCGGCGAUCUCGAGCCCACGCUUAGCUACGACCUCCGCGUGACGGCGUACAACAGCGCUGGAAGCACGCCCAUGGAGUACUCCUUCGAGACACUCAGCACCACGGGAAAUAAUCUGUGCGAAGGUGGAUCAACGGAUCUUGGGAACUAUAUUUGCAGAUUUUUAAUGCAAAUGCAUCGUUUGUUGAGGGGUCUGGAAUACUCUAGUGAUAUCGUGGUUACAAAUCAAGCCGUUCUCAGUGCCAAUUCAGACGAGAUGAUGGAGUCGAGUGAGCACUACGAGUUUAUGGACGGACACCUGAUAGCUAUAGCAAUGAUAUCCAUCUUUGCGGCGUUAAUAGUUGUCAUAGGCGUUGUUUAUUGCCUCAAAUCAAACCCACGCGGAUUAUUCGGCAACAACAAUGAUUUGAGAGUCCCUCCGGACGGAAAGUACGUGAUAUCUGAGCAGCGCGACCAACACUACGCCACAGUUCGCAAACCAAUGUCACAGAGUCCUUGCAGGGAUUCCGCGGUGCUGGAUAGGAUUCCUGAGUACUCAGAGGACAUCUAUCCGUACGCCACUUUCCACCUGCCUGAUCAGGAGAACAUGUCCGGCAAUCCUGAUCGGCCAGGAAGCGGAUGCGGCGCCAGCAAGUGUCUGCGAUCCACGACCAACACGGCCGGCAGACGAGGGAAGAAACCCUUCAAGUCGGAGUCAGAGGAAUACGACAGCUUAGGAUCGGACACAGACACGGGCAGUGUUGAGCACGGCAGUCGGACUGAAUCCUCAAACCAAUUAGAUGAUCCUAUAAACUUUUGCGGCCGAUCGUACAGUCCAGCUUCCAGGGCGGGCAAGGAGAAGCUGGCUCUUUUCUCCAAACCAUCUCGUCAUAAUGGCAUCCGUCAGUUCAACAGCCCCGAGCUAAGUACCUCAAUCGAGAGGUCACCAAUUUCUAAGCGGCCCUCGCAGCUGCAACUGGGCCAGGCCUGCUCGCCCUAUCCCGCCAAAGACUUCGACACGCUCUUCUCUCAGUACGGCCACACGCGGGCGACUUCCUACACCGAAGCCGGAACCUUCCAGCAGCACCACUACUACGACCCGCAGAAGCUGCUCUCGCUCAAGUCCUCGAAGACCCCUCUGGGCGCCACAGGAUCGGAAUUCCUCACGCUCACGCCCAAGCGCCGCGACCGGCUGCUCGAGCAGUGGCAGCUGGACUUCCGGGACAUGCGCAACGCCUCGCUGGACCGCAUCUACAACGCGGCCACGCUGAAGCUGGGCGCGGAACAGGCCAACGUCAAUACAACGAUCACUGAUAAAACGCACAUCGUGGCGGCGGACACGCCUAUCAGACGACAGGAUCGUCACCAACAAGACUAUACAAUCGUCGUAUAAAUUGAGACAGCAAACUUCAAUAUCCAACGAUACUUUACACUUCAGCAGCAUUAUUACCAUUUUCUGUUCACCCAAGCAUCAUUGGAAGUUAAUCCUCAGAUGAGUGACAAAUUUUUCAUUAAAUGUAUGUAUCGAAAAUCCGUCCAAAGUUUGGAAAACUGCCAUUGUUUUCAAAAAAGAUUUAACCAAAAUUGUAAUUACACGGAAUUUCACAUUCAAUUAAAAGCACCGCAUCUCUCUUUACCAAAUAAAGUACAUAUAUUAUGUAUCAAGCAAUUGAUAUGCCAAUUCAGAGAAAAAGAUCCAACUUCAAUUAAUAUGUGACGAUGAAUACCCCAGUGCCAAUUCAUAUGUAUAUGUAAGGUACAAUAUUGCAGAUUAAUUUUGUACUAUACAAUUAUUAAAAACGAAAAGUGAAUCUACUGAGUGAAAAUAGUAGAAAAAAUGAAUUUAAUCAAAAUCGAAUCCACGCAGCAUUCAUUGACUUUGCGUUGUCUGACAAACACUAUAAACUGCCUACAGAAUAACUGAGAAGAGCUUCUCCAAAUGACUUUUUUCUGUUAAGAGAUUGUGAAGAGACACUUUAUUUCCCCCCCACAAAACCGAUCAAUAUCAAAUGGUACUACUUAUACAGAAUUACAGUGAAUUUUAUGUAAAAUUAAGAUAGCGCGAAUUUAGAAAUGGUGUUGUUCGAUAUUAAAAACUAAUUGUUUAGUUUUUUAAAUAGCCAAUUAUGAACAAUAUUUAUUGUUAUAGGAAAAGAACUUGAGAAGAGAAAUGAACAGUGAGACAUUUGACACACUCAUCGGACUACUCAAUGGUAAUUGUAUAAAAUAGUUAACAAUCUGAGUGUCAAAACUGUAAUAAAAGCGAUGUUACAUAAUGUGACUCGACCCAAAAUAUAAUGUACAUCAUCAGACAGAUAAUAUCGUUGCAACCGACAGUUUUUAGUAGAUUAUAUUCACACAAAGAAUUUCACGUUAAAGGACAAAGUGGAAUUUAGAGGAGAAUCUGACAUAAUUACCAUAUAAUCGUAUAUAUAUUACCAUAUAUCAUUGUGAACAUAUCUA